GGCCAGAAAGCUGUAUGGAUGGAAACGGGGAGCAGAUUCCACACGAGUUAUGGGCAGGACCGUGUUUAGCGUUGGACACCUGUGAUGGAGUACAUCUGGAGAGAAAGUCCAGUGGCGGAGUGUGGAAUCUCCUACUAGAGAGCGGUUCUCCUCCGAGUGCUGAGCAACAAGCAGAAGAUUUUUUCAUCAUGGACACAGACAAACAUCCUGAAUUCAUCACCCCAGAGGAAAAUGGGAUGGACGUUUGCAGUGAUGUUGCAGAUGUGAAGCCACAGGAGGAGAAAGAAGAGAGGGAGGAUAACUCAUUUAGUGAGAAUGGAAUGCAGGGUGCCGAAGGUGUGACAGAUCCACGUGUGAUAAAGACCGAGGUAGAGGAGAUAGAAGACAGCGAGGAGUACCCCAAGGCUGAAAAAGAAACAGAGAUUGUACCAAAAGAGGAAGCAGAGGGUGCUAGUGAAGACGGGAUGGAGGAAGGAUUUGAUGAUCAGAGGACAGAGGAGGACGAUGAUGAGGAGAGGGACGGGGAGGGGGAUGAGGAGGGAGAUACCCUGAAUGAGCCACAGGACCUGUCACUGGUGGACUAUUCGCGUUACGACAGCGCGGCCCUUCCAGACGCCCACGCAGGAGCAGCAGCUGGUGCAGAAGAGACCUAUGUGCCUGGAGCCGUGGCACCCCGCAUCCAGACGGCAGGCAAGCUCAACUGUGACAUCUGCGGCCUGUCCUGCGUCAGCAUCAACGUACUGCUGGUGCACAAGCGCAGCCACACUGGUGAGAGGCCAUUCCACUGCACUCAGUGUGGGGCCUCCUUCACCCAGAAGGGAAACCUGCUUCGCCACAUCAAACUGCACUCCGGGGAGAAGCCUUUCAAAUGCCCGAUGUGCAGCUACGCCUGUCGUCGUCGUGACGCCCUGAGCGGGCACCUGCGCACCCAUUCUGUAGAAAAACCUUUCAAGUGCAACCACUGUAGUCGCAGCUACAAGCAGCGCAGCUCCCUUGAGGAGCACAGAGAGAGGUGCCAUGUGUACAUUCAGAGCAAAGGUCCCGCUGAGAGAGAGGACGGCCAGACAUCCAGGGCUCAGAUGGGCACUGAGCGUGCUCUGCUGCUCGACAGGCUCGCCAGCAACGUAGCCAAACGGAAGAGCUCAAUGCCACAGAAGUUCACCGGCGACAACGGUGUCUGCCUGGACCUGAGUUUUAACAGGGAGCUGGUCCACCGAACUGACAUCAAGGACCCUCCGCCGGGCUCCCCAGGGCCCGACACCCACCAUCAGUCCAUCCUCACAGGGUCAGAGGGUGACCCCACUCCCUCCCACAGGCCCUACCCCAUCCCAUUAAGCCGUAAUGACAUCAGCCCCAUGGGCCUCACCAACGGCCACAAGAUGGGCAUGCCGCUCCUAGGCCUCCCCCAUGCCGCCCAGCCACCCCUCAGCAUGGACUCGUUCCACAGCGACGGUUCCCAGAUGUCCCAGCCCGUCAUGUACAGCUUAGGGCACCUGCUGGGAGGGCUGAACCACCAGAACGGCAUCCCUCACCCACACACCCAGCACAUCCCGUUGUCACCACUGGAUGCUUUACGGGUGGUUCGGGGCGACGGGGAGGCAGGAGCGCUGCCCGGGGCGGUGUACCCCUGUGGCCACUGCAGGGUGAUCUUCCUGGACUAUGUCAUGUUCACUAUCCACAUGGGGUGCCACGGCUUCCGCGACCCGCUCGAGUGCAACGUGUGUGGACACCGCAGCCGGGACCGUUACGAGUUCUCCUCCCACAUAGCCCGUGGCGAGCACCGCCUAGAAGUGAAGUAGCUUUCAUUCAUGCAGACGUUCAUGCUUACACACACACACACACACAUGCUC